GGGAGCAGCGGGCGGAUCUGCGGCGAGGAAGUGACCGCGCUGGAGAAGCAGCAGCCUAGGGGACGCUGGAGCGACGGCGCAGGUGGAGCGGGGUUCCCCGGGAGGCCCUUGGCCAGGCCUGAGCCCCUGCUGCCAUGGCCAUCGUGCACACACGUCCUGUGCCCCUGGAACCUGCCCCUGAGGCCACCACAGCCCCACACACUCCAGCCAUGGGCAGCGUGAGCAGCCUCAUCUCAGGCCGGCCCUGCCCUGGAGGCCCAGCCCAUCCCCGCCACAAUGGCCCCUCUGGGCCCUCCUUCUUCCGCCAGCAGGAUGGGCUGCUCAGGGGUGGUUAUGAUGCACAGGAGCCACUGUGCCCAGCUGUGCCCCCCAGGAAGGCUGUCCCCACCACCACCUUCACCUAUAUCAAUGAGGACUUCCGGACUGAGUCCCCUGCCAGCCCCAGCAGUGACUUUGAAGAUGCCCGGGAGCAGCGGGCCCAUGAUGCUCAUCUGCGUGGUCCCCCACCCAAGCUUAUCCCAGUCUCUGGAAAGCUGGAGAAGAACAUGGAGAAAAUCCUGAUCCGCCCCACAGCCUUCAAGCCAGUGCUGCCCAAACCUCGAGGGGCGGCGUCCGUGCCUGGCUUCCUGGGUCCUCGGGCCACCGGACUGUCAGGGAGCCUCACUCAGCUCUUUGGGGGACCUGCUUCCUCCUCCUCUUCCUCCUCCUCCUCAGCUGCUGACAAAUCCCUGGCACUGAGCGGCUGGGCCAGCGGCUGCCCAUCAGGGACACUCUCUGACUCCGGCCGGAACUCACUCUCCAGCCUGCCCACUUACAGCACUGGGGGCACUGAGCCAGCCACCCACUCCCCAGGCGGGCACCUACCCUCCCAUGGCCCUGGGCGAGGAGCACUGCCAGGGCCCACCCGAGGGGCCCCAACUGGGCCCUCCCACUCGGACAGUGGCCGAUCUUCCUCCAGCAAAAGCACAGGCUCCCUGGGAGGUCGGGGGACCGGGGGGCUCUUAGGCGGUGCUCCCCGAGCCUCCCCAGACAGCAGCUCCUGUGGGGAACGCUCCCCACUCCCACCCCCGCCCCCACCACCACCUUCAGACGAGGCCCUGCUGCACUGUGUCCUGGAAGGAAAACUACGCGACCGUGACCGUGAGGCACAGCUACAACAGCUGCGGGACAGCCUGGAUGAGAGCGAGGCCGCCAUGUGCCAGGUGUCCGAGGAGCGACCACGGCCCUGGCAGCGGGAACGUGAGGCCCUACGGGAGGAUGGCACUGUUCAGACGCAACGAGCCCAGCGGGCCCAGCAGCUGCUGCAACUGCAGGUGUUCCAGCUGCAGCAAGAGAAGCGGCAGCUGCAGGACGACUUCGCACAACUGCUGCAGGAGCGGGAGCAGCUGGAGCGACGCUGCGCCACCUUCGAGCGAGAGCAGCGGGAGCUCGGGCCUCGGCUUGAGGAGACCAAGUGGGAGGUGUGCCAGAAGUCAGGCGAGAUCUCCCUGCUGAAGCAGCAACUGAAGGAGUCUCAGGCGGAGCUGGUGCAAAAAGGCAGUGAGCUGGUGGCCUUGCGGGUGGCGCUACGAGAAGCCCGGGCAGCACUGCGGGUCAGUGAAGGCCGGAUGCGGGGCCUCCAGGAAGCGGCCCAAGCUCGGGAGCUAGAGCUGGAGGCCUGUUCCCAGGAGCUGCAGCGGCACUGCCAGGAGGCUGAGCGACUGCGGGAGAAGGCUGGUCAGCUGGACACCGAGGCGGCUGGACUGCGGGAGCCUCCUGCGCCAUCAGGGAGUGCGGACCCCUUCCUGCUGGCAGAGAGUGAUGAGGCCAAGGUGCAGCGGGUAGUUGCCGGGGUUGGUGGCAGCCUGCGGGCUCAGGUGGAACGGCUACGGGCAGAGCUGCAGAGAGAGCGGCGCCGGGGUGAGGAGCAGAGGGACAGCUUCGAGGGAGAGCGACUGGCCUGGCAAGCGGAGAAGGAGCAGGUGAUCCGGUACCAGAAGCAGCUGCAGCACAACUACAUCCAGAUGUACCGGCGCAACCGGCAGCUGGAGCAGGAACUGCAACAGCUCAGCCUGGAACUGGAGGCCCGGGAGCUUGCAGAACUGGGCCUGGCCGAGCCGACCCCCUGCAUCUGCCUGGAGGAGAUUACUGCCACGGAAAUCUAGGGUAUCCCAGCUUUGCGGGCCCCAAAGCCACUUGUGCCCUGGGGUCCAGGCCUCAGCCUCUGUCCAGAC